AUGGCAGAACACGAAGUCAAACAAAUCAUUUCGCAACUCGAAUCUCUCAAAGCAAACAACCUCAACCAAGCACCGCAACUCCUCUCACGUGGCAAACUCGCACUCCUCAAGCUCAACGCCCUCGUCCCGUCAGAAGAGACCUCAUCCUCACAUCUACUCCUAGCGAUCCACGUGCUCGAACUCGGCGCCCUCAUCAGCAUCAAGCUAAAAGACACCGACGCUUUCACGCGCUACUUCCAGCAAUUACAGCCGUUCUACUCUCUCCCGACCGAGCGCCGACAUGGCAAUCAGAGCAAGGUCACGGGCUUGUACUUGCUGUUGAUGCUGAGCCAGGGAGAUUAUGCGGGUUUCCACACGGUGUUGGAGGGUCUGGACAUGAGCAGCGGGAAGGAGCACAUUGAGCGGGAUCAUUUCAUUCAGUAUCCGGUGCGGUUGGAGCAGGCUCUGAUGGAGGGCAGCUACGACAAGGUCUGGGGCGAGACGAAGGGGGAGCGAGUACCGAGCGAGGAGUUUGGAGUGUUCUCCGAGGUGAGCACACGCCAAAGCGCAGCGACCAUUCUCGAUCUCCCAUGCUGACUUUUUCAUCUCCCAGGUUCUGGUCGACACCAUUCGCCUGGAAAUCGCAUCCUGCUCCGAGCGCGCAUACCCCUCGUUGCCCAUCUCCAAUGCCAAGAACCUGCUCUUCCUCGACUCGGAAGGCGCAAUGAUCAAGUUCGCCCAAGAGCGGGGUUGGUUGGCCAAGGACGGACGGAUAUACUUCCCCCAGCAGGAGGAAGAAGCCCUCGCGGCGGAGAAGGACGUGAUGAGCAAUAGCGACGUGGUCAUCGAGAACACGUUGGGCUACGCGCGGAAGCUGGAGACGAUUGUGUAA